UCCCACAAUCCAUUUCGACCAGGGUAGGUGUAGUCAUAAGCAAAAGAAUCCAAGAUGGCGAUGCACAUCCCAAAAACGUCUAUGCAGCAUAUGCUGAAGGAUGGAGCCAAGUCAUAUCGAGGCUUAGAAGAUGCUGUGUACAGAAAUAUAGAAGCAUGCCAACAACUAUCACGGAUAACGCAAUCAUCAUUUGGACCUAACGGUAUGAAUAAAAUGGUUGUGAAUCACUUGGAAAAAYUAUUUGUGACAAAUGAUGCAGCAACAAUCUUAAAAGAGCUGGAGGUCCAACAUCCAGCUGCAAAAAUGAUAGUGCUUGCAUGUCAAAUGCAAGAGCAAGAGGUUGGGGAUGGUACUAACUUUGUAAUGGUGUUUGCUGGGGCUUUACUUAGUGCAGCAGAAGAUGUAUUGUUUUUGUAGGGUGUAUCAAUUCCUGACAUAAUUGAAGGCUAUGAGCAAGCAUCUAAAAAAGCACUAGAAUUAUUAGAAGAUUUAAGCUGUUCGUCUCUUGAGAAAUUAAAUGAUGAAGCAGAAGUUGUUAAAGCAAUAAAAACAGCUGUAGCAAGUAAACAGUACGGCAAUGAAGACUUUCUCUCAGAGUUGAUAGCUCAUGGUUCUGGCAUCCAUAACUCAUUAGUAAUGCAGGGCAUGGUAUUCAAGAGACUAGUGGAAGGUGAUAUCACCAGUGCUAAAAAUGCUAAAGUAGUUGUUUAUUCAUGUCCUUUGGAUCUCAUGCAGACAGAAACAAAGGGAACUGUGCUUAUUAAAAAUGCUGAGGAACUGAAGAGUUUUAGUAAAGGAGAAGAGGAGCAACUUGAAAAACAAGUAAAAGAGAUAGUUGAUGCUGGAGUCAAGGUUAUUGUCACUGGUGGUAAAGUAGCUGACAUGGCCAUUCAUUUUUGCAACAAGUACAAGCUCAUGGUUGUGAGAUUGCAAUCGAAGUUUGAUCUCCGCAGACUMUGCCGAGCUAUCAAUGCCACAGCAUUGCCAAAGAUUACCACCCCUACUGCAGAGGAACUGGGAUAUUGUGAUGAUGUKAAGGUGGCUGAAAUAGGAGACACACCCGUCAUUGUAUUCCAACAAGAGAGGGAAGAGACUGCUGUCUCGACCAUUGUUGUGAGAGGAUCAACAGAAAACAUUAUGGAUGACAUUGAAAGAGCAAUCGAUGAUGGUGUGAAUAACUUCAAAGCGCUUACAAGAGACAAGAGAUUUGUUCCUGGUGCAGGGGCUACAGAGAUAGAACUGGCCAAUCAAAUAGCAAGAUUUGGCGAGACAUGUGCUGGUCUUGAGCAGUACGCUAUUGGCAAAUUUGCUGAGAGCCUGGAAGCCAUYCCYAGRGCUCUUGCUUCAAAUGCUGGAGUCAAUGCAACAGAUGUGAUUUCAAAACUGUAUGCAGCUCACCAAGACGGCAAUAAGAAUGCAGGCUUUGAUAAUGAGGGUCUGAAUAUGAGAAGGUGGCAUGAUGAUCACAUAUACAUGGGAAGACUUGCUUCUGNCAUCAGACUUGCAGCCAAUGCUGCUGUCACUGUAUUGAGAGUUGAUCAGAUUAUUAUGGCCAAGCAAGCUGGUGGACCUAAACCAAAAGCUAACAAAGACUGGGAUGAAGAUUAACCACUCCCCUCUUUUUAUUUUUUGGGAUGAUUACUAAACUCUCACCCAGAUAGUAAAAUUUUUUGUUAGUAAUAAUUCUUCAUGGCAUUGUGAGUGUAAUAAUAUGAAUAUUAUAGUGUUUUACUGAUGCCAAUAAAUUAAUACUCUAAUCAGU